AUGGAAGACGCUGCAACGUCGUUGGCGACACUGCGGGCCUCCGACGGAGGAAGCGUAACGGUCUUCAAGGACUCUCUAAGCGCGUGCAGUCACUACUUCGACGCCCUGUUCAACGGUCCUCUGUCCAUGGCGCGGCAAGGAGAGUUCCUGAUUCCCGGGGUGACCAGAGCCGACCUGGCAUCGAUCGCUAGGUACGCACACACGAGAGUGGCGGACAUUGAUGCGGACAACGUGGAGAGCUUGAUCGUCGCAUCCGAUCAACUUCUAGUGGACGGCCUGCUCCGGGAGUGCUGCAAAUUUGUCGGGGACCACUUAGAUGCCCCCAAUUGUGUGUCGGUGCUUGAAAUGACGCGUUUCUUCGGCCUCGAAGAGUUGUACAAUCAGGCGCACCGUUUCCUGCUCGACAAUUUUGAACGGGUGCACGCGGCGGGUCUAGACUUCCAUCGUCUCAGUAUCGCGAGUAUGGUGAGUCUGCUGUGUUGCGACGAGCUGAAGGUUUCAAAGGAAGAAUUGGUCUGGGAGGCUUCUGUAUCGUGGAUUGAGGCUGAUGUCACAGAAAGAAAGCAGUACCUUGUCGACCUCCUGCCGCAUAUCAGGUUUUGUUUAAUGAAAAAGAGCUACGUAAAAAGGAAAGUUUUGAGAAAUCCGCUGGUAACCAAAGACGCGCUGUGCAAGAGCAUCGUCCAGCGGUACUCAAAAAUUCAGAACUUCGACAAGGAUGCCUGCAUCCUCAGCCCAAUUUUUAACCUCUUCACUCAACGUGUCCCCGCUGAAAUUAUGUUUGUGUACGGCGGGAUUCACCGCGGUUAUAAAAGCAACACUUGGGAAAUCUAUGACCACAAGACGAACGAGUGGAGCACAGUGCGCACAGACUUCAGACAAGACCUCGUCUUCGGACUCCAGUGCGUCUCCGUAGAUCACACCAUAUACGUGAUGGGGGCGGACAUCGCAAACCUGAGUCCUUUCUGCUACUGUUUCGAUGCCGUCAAAAUGAGAUGGUCAGCCAUCAAGCCCAUGGGACAGCUCAGGGCUUUCUUCGGAAUCGCCGUACUUGACAAGUGUGUCUACUGCAUCGGCGGUUCUCCAAACGGCGUCGUCACGUUGGACACGGCUGAACAGUACGACACCGUCAAGGAAAGCUGGCGAUUCAUCGGCCGGAUGAACCAUCCAAGACUGGGAGCCAGCGCGGCAUCUUGCAAUGGUCGGGUGUACAUUGUCGGCGGCAUGUCCACACAGAAGCUCAUCCGCUCCACGGAGGCCUAUGACCCCGAGACCAACACUUGGACCAUGGUGGCUCCGAUGAAGACGGAACGACUCUUUCACGGUCUCGUAGCGUACCGGGACAAAAUUUACGUCAUCGGAGGGCUAUCCAGGAAGUCAAGCGUGUGUGAAGUGUACGACCCCAGCAGCGGCAAAUGGUCCAGGGGUUCUAAGACAAAGACCUUUACCGACAAAGUCGUGGCCGUCGUGUUGGACGACCGAAUCUUUGCCAUUGGAGAGGCCAACCAGAAGGACUACAAACGGUGCCUAGAGUAUUUCACUGCGGGCGAUAAAAAGUGGCACGCUAUUCCCGGUUACGCUCCCCCACGUUGGUUCUAUUCCGCGUGUGUUCUGAAGAACUUACCCAACAGCAUAGAUUACAUUUCGCGGCCAAAGCGCAUGGAGUAUCCCUUUCCUCUGCGCACAAUAUAG